UGAUCAUUUCUUUGUCAGUGGGCAAAUGUACAAAUCAGCAGGGGAUCAAAUACUUUUUCCUUCACUGUAUGUGCCAUAGAGAGGCUUUUAUUCUCUAUUUUGGUUAGGCCAGGGUGUGACUAGGAUGGGCAUUCUAGUUUCUUUAUUUCUAUGUUUUCUGUUUCUAUGUUUUGGCAGGGUAUGGUUCUCAAUCAGGGACAGCUGUCUAUCGUUGUCUCUGAUUGGAAAUCAUACUUAGGCAGCCUGUUUUGCCACCUUAGUUGUAUAGUUAGUAUAAGUAUAAGUUAGUAGUUAGUUAGUUGUACAGUGCAUUCGGAAAGUAUUCAGACCCCUUGACUUUUUCCAUAGUUUGUUACAUUACAGCCUUAUUCUAAAAUUGAUUAAAUCAUUUUGGUGUUUAUAGAUAUUAUGGACUGUAUAUGAAUAUAAAAGGUGUGUACAGCAGUAGUUAUGAAGGAUGAGCCUGGACUAGAAUACAGUAUAGACAUAUGAAGUGGGUUAAAACAGUAUGUAAACUCACAUCCUCUGUCAACUGUUCAGGUGAAUAUAGUAAGCAUCGGUACCGUAGCAACAGAGAUCCAGUCAGCUCUGGCCGACAACAUCCUAGCAACGGGUGUCAUGGCAACGCUACUAGCAGCUGAUGGCGUGUAUUUCCCCUACGAGGAGGAGUGUAGCCACCGUCUAGUAAGGGAGAUAGGGAACGUAACAGAAGCAGUAGAAAUCACCUUUCAGUUCGCCUGCAAGCCUGACAGCGUAGAGAGUUUCAUGCGUAGAGCCAGACUACCGUUCCAGUUACAGCUGUCCUUCACCACCAGAGAUCAACAGAACGUCACACGCAUCAUUACUGAACAGAGACGGGUUACAACCAGCAGCUGGGUGUGGGCAGGCAGUCUGAACAUGUCAGUGUUAGGGGUCCACUGUGCCCAGCUGUGUGCCAGGUUAACUAUGGAGGGAAGAGUCCACGAGGCACAGAGACAACUCAGAGCACAGCAAAACCUGCUCAAAGACAUCAGUAUGCAGAGGCCCAAUCCAAAGGAGGAAGGUAUCUAUGGCAACUGGAUCAGUACCAUGACAACCAUAUGCGAUGACCUCAUUACAGACUCCCAAGGCAACAGCAAGAUCAACGACCUACAGCCCUCCAAGUCUACUCCUGUGAACGCACUCUCUGAUGAGGCAGCCAAGGUGGUGUACCAGAUGAAGAGGGCCAGCAGUGUGGACCAGAGCAGGAGGAAACAGACAGACAUUGUGGCUCUGUGAGGAGCCUGACCACAGCAGUCACAGGUGGCAAAAUCGGCAGACAUCUUGGAUCCACAGGAGUCAGCUGCAGCAUCAACAGUUGCCAAAACUGGCAGCCAUGUUAGAGACUGGACACUCACUCAAACAACUCCAAAUGUACUACCUAAAUAUUAAAUAAAGACGUGUCAUUUACAUGG